CAGAUUUCAACGGUUUCUGAUUAAACUUAAUAUGCUUCUUCUUUUUUUUUUAAAUCAGUAUCUGCAAAAAUCACAAAGAUUUGAUACAUCUGAGCAGCCAUAACAAGGGAGAUUAUAUGCUAUAUAGUAUACUCGCCAGGAAGAAGGUCGAUUUGGAGAUAUGAUGAUGGAGAAUCCUGUGAAUAUUUCCCAGGUGAGAUGGAAUUCAGGGACAUAUUUAACACUUCCGAAGGAAAAUGGCUGCCUUUGUAGACCAGUUAUCAUUGACAUCAGGAAUACAUAUCUUCGAUUUUCACCUGAAGUUCGUGACUCAGCAUCUCGAGAUGUUGAACUCUUAAAGAAGACUUUUCGAAAGUUGGGUUUCUCAAAUCCCACCAUCAUUAGCGACACAGAUUCUCAAGAAGAGGAUCAUCCAUUAUAUUCAGUGGACAAUCUUAAAGAAAAGUUGGCCAGAAUAGCUAGAAAUCCAGAGUUUACCAGUGAUGCAGAAAUCUUUCUACUUGUUGUUUUAGCUUUUGGGGAAUAUGGAUAUUUUUAUUUACCCAAUUAUCCAACAGACAGUGAUGAACGGAGGGGACCAACACCCAAAUUUUCUACGGCUCUCCUGAUGUCAAUAUUUAAUGGAAACAACUGUCGUAAUUUGGUUCUGAAGCCCAAAAUAUUUCUUGUCCAGACCUGCGAUGCCUAUCUGAAGCACGAAGACAAGUCGCAGUUUAGUGGCCGAGCUACCAUACCUCCUUCGUCUCUCUAUAGAGUCCCGUUAGAGGCAGACAUUCUACUUUAUCAUUCAGAGGUUUCAGGUGGAUAUACCAGUCAAAUGAAGAAAGAAACCAGAGAGAGUCUUGGAUCAGUCAUUGACCAGGGAGAAAGGAGUGGGGGUGAGGAUGAGAGGGAGACCCCAGCCUGUCAGUUUGUGUACACCUUGUACAAUGAGGUUGAGGCAUUGGCCGGCCAGCAGAACGAGUUUGAGCUGACUGAUCUAAUUCUGGGAGUGAACAAAUCCUUAAUGGAGUUCAUUGAUAAGGAACAUUACAGGUCUGAUGAACACAACAAGCCAUGGAAUAUAGAGCCAAAGAUUCCAGUCUGUGUGGACCAACUGACCAAGAGAUUGGUGCUGGGUACGAACACUGGCUAAGAUGUAAUCAUUGAUCUUUCGAGCGUUUACAAAUCUUGCUAAUAUAUCAGGCAUCAAUAAAAACGCCUUAUUCCAACAAGUGCCUAAAUAAACAAAGGCCUUAUCUUGUAAUUUUGAUAAAAAAGCAACGUGGAGAUACAUAUGUUUCACUGUAGAAGUCGAAUCUCAUUUAUUAUGUUGUAUCAACAUGUGUUAAAUGAGAAAUUUUAAUUUUGUUUCUAACAAAGCAUAUUAAUGAACGUAAAUGCAUGAUUUAUUUCUUAUAUUUCGAAAUAUUUUAGUAGGAUCAUAUUAUAAUCAAUGUCAUAUAUAUGCAAUGCAGUGUGAUAUUGUUUUAUCAACAAAUAUAUUUCUUAAAUUAUCAGUCAUCAGUUUUAUAUGAGGGUUUGUAAAGAGUUAUCAGUUAUAUACAUGUAUGUGAAAACUUUUAUUUUGGUUAUAUGUUUUCAAUUGUAUACAUCAGGUUAUUGGAAGAGUCUCUUAUAACCCCUAAUAUAAAUAGCUGAAUUUUACUCUAUAUAGUAAGGUUAUUCUGCACAAUAUGUAGAAGUUUGCAACAGUGUGCAAGUUUAUUUAAUGUGAUUUGCAGUUUGAUCCAGAUGCCCAAAAUUACGACAAACGACAAAAGCUAGGCUUUCCUUCCUAUUCUAAAAUGUUUUACAUAUUGCUUCAUUAUUAUGUUUAAGCGAGUUUUCAAGCAACUCCAAAAUUACUAUUCUUGAACAAAUAUUAAUUUUAUCAAAGAUGUAUAUAUCCAAGAAAUAUAAUGAACACAAAAAACAUUGAUCAAUCGACUCAAUACUUUUAGAAGAAAAAUAUUUUGUCCCAUUCAAAAUAAAUAGCAAAUAUAAAGUCAUCUUUAAAAUCAAAUACUACUUCUAAGUACAAAUAAAUGGGACCCAAAAACCAAAUUAACUCGAUCUUCAACAAAAUAAGCAAUCAGUACUGCUUUCCUUUAACUCCUAUAAAGAUUUAGAUGUUGUAUAUAGAUACAGUUCUUUAUCAAUAUAUAUUUGUAAAGUCAACACAUUUACUUGCAUAAAACUUCAAAAAUUGUUCAAAUUGUUAAAUUGAAAGAUUUAUUUUGUAUUUAAAUAUAAAAUAUUAGAAAAAGUAUGGACAAUUUUUUACUUCAGUUUGUUUCCAUUUCGUUACAUGUAUAUAUACUUUGUAAAACUAAAUUGUGUAAAAUGAUGACAUCAUAAAGUGGCAAUUUCUUCCGAUUUAAAAAAACUGUAUAAAGAACAUUCAAUACUCAAUUCUUACUGUAGUGUAGUAUUUCAAAAGGAUUUUUUUUCUCAAGUUAAACUACCAAGGGACUCAUGUUUCGUUGACAUUAUU